CAAGAAGUUAGACCUAACACCUAGUACACAAAGUACAUAGUGAUAUAAGCACGUGUUUGGAGUAUAGACGAGAACCCAGCUGUGAAACAUGGCUUCAGCCAGCGCCUUCCUUCUUUCUGUUGUCGGUGCAUUCAUCUUGAGUGCCGYACUUGUUUCUGCCGAUGGUCAGUGUAUUAAAGGAAAAUACCACAAGCCAUCUCCUGGAGUAGGCAGCAAUUUUCCAAUCUGCCAAGAAUACGGAGAAAAUACAUGUUGUACGAAAGACUUCACCGUAAAAUUGAACAAAUCGAGAACCGAAGAGCUGUACAAUCACACGUGGGAUUUGUGUAAAGAGCUCAGUAAACCAUGCGAAAAGUAUUGGCUUCAACAGGAAUGCUUCUAUCAGUGUUCACCAAAUGUUUAUAAAUGGCAGCAUCCCAAGGAAGGAAGUGCAAUCCAUGGUGUUCCGAUAUGUUCCAGUGUUUGUGACGGAUGGUUUGAAGCCUGCAAGGAUGACCAUAUUUGCGUUGAUGAUGUACUGACAGGAUAUGAGUUCCUGGCGAAUGGUUCAAACCGUUGCCCUGCCAAUAGCAACUGUACUACUUAUCGUGAAAUGUUCAAGAAUGGUGAAGGGUUGUGCAACAAAAUGUGGAAUACUUCCUACGUUUAUACAAAGGAGAAUGCAGAYAAGUCCAACUGCAUGGUGAUGACUUUUAAUGGAACUAACCCCAAUGGAAAAGUGACCAAACCAACCUCUCCUCCUUCACCGACAGAAGGACCAUCAGCCAAGGCAUUUGUGUCGCAAGUAUCGGUUAUAUUCACUAUGCUGGGACUGAUCUUAGUAUUAGCAAUAUAGAUAUGUAAGAGUCAGCAAAUAGUGUAUCUGCUACAUUUACAGCACUUCAUUUAAUAUGCUGGGACUGAUCUUAGUAUUAGCAAUAUAGAUAUGUAAGAACAUACCUUUUUUCAAAAGUAAAUGGCCAGCAAAUAGUGUAUCUGCUACAUUUACAGCACUUCAUUUAACCUUGAAGUUCCUAUGUAUGAGGGAAAACUCUCUGAGUAUAAAAAAAAGUAAUUACUAGACUUGCUUCAAGUCAAAAACUGCAGAAAUUUCUUCACCUUAUUUGAAUAAUUUAUAAACAACCUCAGGUAGACCAGUUGUUCUGCUGAAAUAAGAGAAUGUUUUAAGUCUUAAGAAACACACAGCAAAUCUAUGAACGUAUCUUAAACGAGAGAGAAAAAAAAGAUCUUGCAAUGAAUAUUAAUGGUGUCUUGCCUCUCUCUUGAGAUUUGAAGGAAGCCUAAGUAAUUCCAGCAUUUAAUUUCUUUUUACAAUUAUCUUUUGAUAUGAAUCUCUAAAAUUCAUUGUUUGCUUGUUGUGGUUGUUUGUUUGUUUGUUUGUUGUUUUUUUUUUUGAAAAAAAAAAGUAUUUUGUUGAAUGCAUGUACAGUCAACUCUCGCCUUAUGGACACCCUGCUACAAUAGACACCUCAAUAUUGCAGACAGUAAAAUGCUGAAUCAYGGUGAAAAAUACAGAAAUGACUGAAAAAAACUCUCGUUACUUCGGACUCUCGCUACCRAGGGUGUCUGUAAUAGACAGAAUUGACUGUGUGUUUUUACUACAAAACUUAAUAUAUUGCACUUCGAGUUCUUGUGUGCUUGGAAAUUUAUAAGCUCUUUGAACUAGACUAGAUUCCAUAURUAUAAAGAUUGAAGUCAAGAAAUGUGAAAUUUACAUACACUAAGCCAUCUUAUUAUGCUUCAAUUACAUUGUUUAUGUUUGUGUCAGUUCAAACUUCUMGUAGUCAAAUUUAAUUUCACUGGAUUAAAUGACUUCAGUUUACUUGAAUGAAAUGAAUAAAUGAAUAAUUUAACUGUU